UUUUUUUUAGAAGAAUCCGAUAAUGUAGUAAAGUAAAAAUUCAGUAGUAAAGUGAAAAUUUGUAUCAACUGUUCCUUUUCACGAAGAUAAUCGUUGCUAGCAUGCAUAAGCGUUAUUCAAUCUAAUUUCUGCUUGAGCCGUAAAUUUCAACGCUUGUUGAGAACUACCAGAACUUGCAGAAAAAUAUAAUAGAUGGGGAACCAAGAUGAAGUUCGUACGCUUCUCCUGUCGUUACUAGUCUCCAGAAAAGGUGCGACAUCUAUAGUUGUUCUUGAGAGAGAUUAUUAUGCCAUGGAGAAGAAACGUAUACCAUAUCGUAAAUUUGGUUAUAACAAUUUACUACAAUUUCUCCAAAGCAUGCCGGAGCAUUUCGUUAUCGAAGAGGCUAACGACGGUCACUAUGUACGCGGGAUAGCGGAUAAAAGUAAGCAUGUGAGUUCAUUGGUGUCACGUCAGAAAAAUUCCUCCAACAACUUAAGAACCAGAUAUUCAUCUCAUCAAGCUACUACAUAUAAUCGUCGCAUUCAGCAUACAAGGAUUCCAGUUAGAAUCCCAAAUAGCACGUUAAUUGAUCUUGUUGAUUAUAUCAAAACCCACCCAAAUGGUAUGAGUUUGCAGAAUGCUUUGAUAUACGUACAGGCGAAAAUGCAGUAUGUUCCUAUCUCUCAUCAAGAUUUGCAGGCGCAACUGCGUGAAGUAACGCAUCAUUUGCGCAUGGAUGGCAACAUGAUAUAUGCGAUCCGGAAUGAUUUGCAAAGUAACAUAGCCCAGCAGCCAAGUAAUCGACAACCUUUAAUGAAAGAGCCUUCAAUGCAGUUACGUAACGAAUCUGAGUUACCGGGCGAUUCAAUCUCGUCGACACGACAAAUUGAAUAUCCUGCCGGAGAGGAGGACUUCGAAUUAGAUUGUUUUGAUGAUAAAGAUGAAGAUUAUUUCGUGCCACCCUGUAGUAAAAACAAUAUUGAUAACUGCCAGAGACGUCCAAAAACAAGCGAGAUGCUUGCAACGAAUCUUGCACAGCAUGUGAAAUCCGAACAAACUGACAUGUUCAAUUACAGCAAGAGUCUAGAUGAUAAUGAAAUCUUUGAAAGCUUGAUGAUGAAUAGUAACUACACGGAAAUGAGGGCUACUGAAUGUCCGCAAGACAAAUCCGAGAUAGUAAGUGACAGAAUAAAGGCUCGAUUGGAGAAGUUACUGCAAAAAUAUCCGGAUGGCAUCUGGUGUGCUGAACUGCCCGACAUAUAUCUUAAAGAAUAUAAGGUCCACCUGAAUUAUAGCAAUCUGGGCUUCACAAGUGUGCGCGAAUUUACGUCUUACCUACCGAAAAUUUUCUACAUGACGCAAGUUAACAAAACUGAUGACUUUAAAUUAUAUAGUGCGGAUAAGAGGCCAGUAGUUCCAAAAGCGGAGUCUAUUAAUGAAACAUCGCACGACCACCAAUACAACGAACACAAAACAGUGCAAGCACGAUAUAAUAAUAAUUCUGACGAUGACCCAAUUCCAUCAGAAAUUUCACCUGCCAUUACCAAGAAGUUCGCUCCCAACGGUGUAAUGAAUUAUGGCGAUGAUGUAGACAAAAUACUAGUAACUGAUUUAAAACACACCAAAAAAUUCUUAGAGACAUAUGUUGUAGAAGUGUUUCAUCCAAACUUUUUCUGGAUACACCUCCGAGAAAACAAAAAACGGUUUAAUAAAAUGAUGGAUGAACUACAAAAUUUCUAUGUUCUUAACAAAGAUUAUUAUACCAUUGCAAAAGUCGCCUUGAAAAAGGACUUGAAUUGUGCAUGCGUUUUCGACGGUAACUGGCAUCGAGCAAUUAUCAAGAGUGUAAAGCCAGAUUUCAGAGUAACGGUAUUUUUUUAUGAUUUCGGCACUUUGAAGGCAUAUGCAGCUGAAGAUAUAUAUUAUUUGCAUUCAAAGUUUUCUUGUUUGCCUGCCCAAGCAAUACCUUGCGGUUUAUAUAAUGUUAAACCAAAUGUUGGUGAUCGCUGGAAGAAGAGCGUAUAUAACCAAUUCUAUGACAAAGUCAGUGAGACCCUUUUAGCUGCAACUAUAAUUACUGUCGAUCCUCCGAACAAUUCCAUGAUGGUCAUUUUGACUGAUACAAGCGAAGAAGAGGAUGUGUGUAUAAACAAUUGGUUAGUGAAAGAGAAACUAGCGCAAUUUGGUAAAACGGGUGAUGCCGUUGACAUGGCGAGCUUAAUGAAGUAUGUGGUAAACAAUAUGAACCAAAAACCGUCGUAUUGCUUUGCGGAGGAGAGCCUGAUGCCCGAGAACUGCUAUAAAGCCACAUCGACAGAGGAAAAAUAUGAAGUACCUUUAGUUUCAUCCGGACCGACGCUUCCACAUUACGAUAGUCAAUAUCAACAACAGCCAGUGAGACCACCGCCAGGUUUUCAGCCUCUCGAUGAACAACGCAUUCCGUCUAAUGCCUCGACAAGGAGUUUUCAAAGCAGUUAUUCCUUUGCAAACCCAUCAAACGCAUCGAACACGAAGGCGUCGGUCUUUAGCGAUGCGCAGGCGGCAACGAAUCCGUUCCUAAAUGAUGAACAAUUCAUUCCUAAUGAUGUCGUCGAAGAGUUAUACAUAACAAUCUGGAAUGAGAAUAAAAAAUUGCAUACUGGAGUGAAUGAAAUUCUCUGUGAUAUGCUAAAAUAUUUAUCACUCUCAUUGAAGGAUCAGAUUCAGUUAAAUAAGAUUUUGAAGAUUGUUAAAAAGAUUUUAUUAGAACAAAAAGAUGAUCGUUCCACUGUCGUGAAAACUCCGACAGCAUCUAAUCUUACAACCAGAACGACAUUGAACGAUGCUGAUUCGGCACAGAAAGUAUCGUACAAUUUAAACAAUGAAAUUGCCGCAAAUCAGGAGCCUAAUGUAAAUAUUUCCUCGAUGUCUAAUCCGUUUCGCAUAAACGUCGAUGAUAGACUACAGAAUAACACUACAUUUCCUUACGGUUCAGACAGUUUCUCUUUUAAAAUUGGCAACUUGAGCCAAUCUGAUGAACUCAAUCCGCGUAUGCAAAUAUCUCCUUCAAUAGCAAGUCCCACACCUUCAAUGUUCAUUAAUCAUAUAACCAGUACUUUCCUUCCAAAAGCCAAUCAGGAUAACGAAAACGUUCCCUUGACGCCGGUAUCUCCUGCGGCGCCGACGAAUACUAAUUUCUUCAAUAAUUUCUCAGAAGUAAAUAAUAUGAACACCCAGUUUCCCGCUAUGUUCAAAGAUACAAAUCCUUUCAAAUUUUCCAUGACUGAUGUUCCCGGAACGCAAGUACCAGAAACUCAGACUGAGCGAACGGUUAAUAACUACGACACAGGUAUCUCGUAUCUCUCGACUAAAAAUCUACAAAGCAAUGUUUUAAAAACAGAAACUGCGAAUAUUCAUGCGAAGAACAAUGGCUUUAUGUCUGUCGGCAACCUGGGACAUGUCAAUGAAAGUUACACUUCGAAAAUCGUUUAUGAAUCCGGUCCUGUAAUGUAUAAUACACAGAAGAAGCAAACAGACGUAAAUAUAAAUACAAAUGUUUCUGCAAAGAAUAUUGCUUCUUUGCACACACAGCACAAUAACAAUAUAAUAAAUAAUAAUACAAGAGAUAAUUCACAGAGUGACGAGAGGUAUAUUACGCGACCAUUUGUGCAGAAUAGGAAUUUUAACCCUUUUCUAUUUCGGAAAAUUGAUUUAGUUAAAGGCGUAACAUUUAUAUUUCAUUUCGAACAGGACGGUUGGAUAUUGACAAAUGAGUUUGUAGAAGUUUUUACAAAUUUCAAGUUGUUCUCUCAUUUGUUAACCAAGAUAGAGAUGUUGAAUAUCAAAAUUACUUUCAAAGAAAUCCUAAGAUCUCAGUAUCCAUCACAAUUUUCACAACUAGACAGAUAUCCUCUAAACGUUCCUCGUGAUUCUAAGGAACACAUUCUCUCUAUUCAUUUGAUCUCGUUGCAAACCGCGUUAGCAUUAUUGCACAAAUUGAAGAUAGUUUCGCGAGAUCAAAUAGACAAUGCUUUUAAGAAGAAUGAAUUUUCGGAUGAUUCUGUUCUACGUACUUUGUGGACUUUGAUUCUCACUUACCGCGACCUGAAACAACGAAUUGAAGUAUAUUCGAACGAAUUAAGUUAUAUGUAA